AUGCCUCCUAGACGCCGUCCCCUCUAUGACUCUAAUCGUGUUCCCCGUCCUGAAGGAAAUGGUGAGGAGGAUCUGCCACCCCCUCCUCCACCGCCACCAUUCAAUGAUGGCGUACACCCAGCUUUAGUGCAACUUAUAGCUGACACCACUAGGCAACUGGCUGAAGUAAUAUCACGAAUUCCACGACCCAAUGAACGAGCCGAACCCGUGGGUUGCUCAUUACGCGAUUUUGCUAGCUAUCACUUCCGAACUUCUGAAGGAACAGAAGGGCAGAAUGUCGCAGAGGCUUGGCUCACAGAUAUACAUGUACUGUACACCACCCUCGGUUGUACAGAUGAGCAGAAGGUUCAGUACAUUGUACUGCAGUUGACAGGCGAAGCUAAGAGAUGGUGGACUGCAAGGAAGGUGCUGCUUGGGGAAAGGACAGUAAUUACUUGGGAGAUGUUCAAGGAGGAGUACAAUCGACGGUUUUUCCCUCGAUCUCAGAGGCAACUACGAGCAAUAGAAUUCCAGAAUUUAGUCCAAGCUCGGUUCGCAGCCAAUCUUAUCCCUGACGAGGAAACGAAAGCAGAACGAUUCGAGAAUGGCCUUAACCCUCGCAUCAGAGAAAGGGUGAUUUGUCUGGAAAUAAAGGAAUACGCCAGAUUGGUAGAAGUGGCGUCCCUAGCUGAAAGAGGAAUACGGGAAUCAGCCGCAACAUAUGAAUUGAAGAAACGUUCGAAACAACCGAUGACGCGCCCCAUCAAAAGGCAAGCUGUUGGAAGUGGCUUUAAGCCUACCCUGGGAAAGAAUCUUUCGAACCAGAAGGCCGUCUGCAGCAAAUGCGCAAGGACGCACCUAGGGGAUUGUAAGCAAGGAGCAUCCACAUGUUUUAGAUGCGGUAAGCCUGGGCAUUUUCUGAAGGAUUGCCCUACGAAUGCUGCGGGAGGAGCGAGAUUUCAAGGAAGCGGAACUCAGGCAUGCGUGUAUUCUCUUAUGCCCGGAGGAGAAGAAGGAGUCGAAGGUGAUGAAGAGGAUACAGAUGUGGUGACAGGUACCAUCCCUCUUUUUGGUAAAAUAGCAAGUACCCUUUUUGAUUCAGGUGCAACGCAUUCCUUCAUAUCAUCUACAUACGUUAAAUUAUGUAGCAUGACUCCUCGACCCUUGAACCAAAGCAUAACUGUAUCCACACCUACUGGGAAUAUAGUUACUUGUAGGAAAUCCAUUGAAGAUUGCCCUAUCGUCUUAGGAGAUAGAGUCCUACCGGAAUGGACUGGUUGUCGAAGCACUAUGCCAAUAUCGACUGUAGGAAGAAAGAAGUUGUCUUUCGCUCUCCAAGCGAAGAGGAAUUCAAAUUCUGUGGAUCUCGAGUACGAGCCACUCCACCCCUUCUUUCUGCAAUUCAGGCAAGGCGAAGCAUUAGCUGUGGUGCACAAGCAUUUUUGGCCUAUGUCAAGGCUGAGUCGGAAGGAGAACGUAAGCUGGAAGAUAUACCUGUAG